ACAAAAUUCGAAAAUUCAAAUGAAAUAAACACUUUCCAAAAUGCGUUUGACAUAUACGUAAAUAUGUAAACAAGUAAAACAAAAAUAGUUUGAUGAAAUUUUUGUAGAAGAAGAGGCAAAAAUUACAGACAAAAUUCUAAAUUUCAAGUAGAAUGGUUGAAAACUACUUCAACACAGGAAGCACAAGACGGAGUUUCCGCAGCAACAGCGGCCAGCGCGGCUUCGAUUGCAGGCCUCAGUUCCAACAACAAAAGCGCAACAGCUGUGAACCCUCCACGUCCGCGGCGGCGGCGGCCGUACGUGAGAGCUACGACAACUGUGGCUGUUCGACCCGCAAGCUAUCAACCUCAGCAUCCUCGUCGCCGACACGUUUCAGCGCGAGCACAAUGCCGAAAAUUUGCUCGAACGACUUGGACACCGGCGCUGGCAUGCUAUCAUCAACGCCACAGUCCGCAUACAGGAUGUCACGCAACAGCUGUGGUCAGUCGGCUGCAUCACUGGUGCAGGAUUCUUGCAACAAUCUAAGCAAAGCUUCAAAUGCAUCUUGUUGUUGCUGCUGUCCACAUUGUGGCAAACCGCAGGAUCCAACGCAAACACCAGAAACCACAACAACAACAUGUCCACCACCCAAGCGCCCACUGCCAUGCAGACAGAAGCCACAGCCACCAAAGGAAGAGAAGCCAUCAGCCGAGAUGGAGUUCAAGUGUCGCAUGCGAAAAUUGCAAUUGGAAAAUUUGGUUAAAGAUCAGUACUGCCCAGGUGCCAUACAAAGUACAAUUGAUUGUGAGGAGGACUUUAAUGAACUGUCCUUUCGUCUGGUAUUCGGUUGUGAUCCACUGCCCUGCACGCUGCCCACCGUGGAGCCCAUCUCCUUAUUGGAAGCAUUUGCGAUGCGUGUCGAAUUGGAGCGUUGUUUACUCGCCGAGGAGUCGAACUAUGCCGAGCCGAGACGAUUAUCGCAUCGUGGUUCGUCGGAAAUGGACGAAGUGGACGAAUAUUUUAGUAAAAAGUACAAAACGGCUCUAAAUGAAGCGCUAGCGAGUUUCUUGAAGGCUGAGAGGUGUUACUAUCUGGAAAAUCCAAAUAUGAACGCACUCGGUAUGGAUGCACAAAUCAAUAAGACCUGUACAUGCCUGCCAAGCAGCUCUUUCAAAAUUACUGCCUAUACGGGGAAUACGCGACCGAUGCAGUAGAAUGUUAAGGUUUACUUUUAUGUGUUAAUUUAUAAAAAUGUAUAUGUUAUUCAAAUUGUAUCUGUGAUAAAAUUUGUAUAAUUAAAUAAUAAAUUACGUUGGCAACAUGUAGUUGAAAAAUUAACAGA